GAAGAAGGCAGGGGUCCUCAGAGUCUUGGCUGCAAAACAGAUUCGCAGAUCAAGGAAAACCCAGGAGUUUCAAAGACUUGCCAGUAAGAACUCUGAGAUCCUUGCAGUAGCCACAUCCUUAGGGAAAGAAGAAGAUGACCUCUAAAAGCAUGCGGCUGCUCCUACUACUGAGCUGCCUGCCCAACACAGGAGUCCUAAGUGAUAUCAUCAUGAGACCCAGCUGUGCUACUGGAUGGUUUUACCACAGGGCCAAUUGCUAUGGUUACUUCCGGAAGCUGAGGAGCUGGUCUGACGCCGAGCUCGAGUGUCAGUCUUACGGAAAUGGAGCCCACCUGGCAUCUGUCCUGAAUUUAAAGGAAGCCAGCACCAUAGCAGAGUACAUAAGCGGCUAUCAGAGAAGCCAGCCCGUAUGGAUCGGCCUGCAUGACCCACAGAAGAGGCAGCGAUGGCAGUGGAUUGACGGGGCCGCUUAUCUGUACAGAUCCUGGUCUGGCAAGUCCAUGGGUGGGAACAAACACUGUGCCGAGAUGGGCUCCAGUAACAACUUUUUAACUUGGAACAGCAACGAAUGCAACAAGCGCCAACACUUCCUGUGCAAAUACCGACCAUAGAGCAAGAAGGAAGAUUCUGCUAACUCCCGUACAGCCCUGUCCUCUUUCUUUCUGCUAGCCAGGCUAAAUCUGCUCAUUAUCUCAGAGAGGAAACCUAGCAAAAUAAGAGUGUUAAGGCCCCUGUUGCACUGGCUUUUUUAGGCUUAGGGACAGAAACUUUAGCAUUGGCACAGUAGUGACUUCUAGCUGUAAACGUUCACCCUGCCAUCCCUUUCCACAACCCGACACUUCUUCCUUCCUCCCCUCUCUCUGGCUGUCUUGAGCAGUCUAGAAAAGUGCUUCUCCAGCCAAUGAAACAGCUGAGUCUUUGGCCAUAAGAAGUAAAGACUUGAAGACAGGAGGAAGAAACUCAUGAGUAAGCCUCUAGCCCCUUUCAGCUUCGACACCCUCUGCCCUCUCUCCAUUGCCCACACAUGCCCACUCAACUCCUGCUCGUUUUUCUUUUGGCCAUGGGAAGGUUUGCUAGUAGAAUCCUUGCUAGGCUGUUGUGGGCCAUACAUUCUUUUAAUAAAC